UAUAUACAAAGAAGACUUUGCUUCAUCACUUGAUACUUGAUAGCUGAUAUUUAUCUUGGAUACAAAACAGAAAACAGGGACGGCAACAUCAGAAGAAGAAUGGGAGAAGUGAAAGUAUAUAGGGCAUGGGGUAGUCCCUUCAGUAUGCGAGUGGAAGUGGCGCUGAAAAUGAAGGGAGUCAAGUAUGAAUAUGUCGAGGAAGAUCUGCUGAACAAGAGCGAUGAGCUUCUCCAGUACAAUCCUAUUCACAAGAAGAUACCUGUCAUGGUUGUUGAUGGAAAGCCAAUCGCCGAGUCGUUGGUGAUCAUGGAGUACAUUGAUGAAACUUGGAAGGGGGAUCCCCACAUCUUGCCUAGUCAUCCUUAUGACAGAGCUCGAGCUCGUUUUUGGUCUAAGUUUGUUGAUGAUAAGCUAUUGCCUCAAUUGAAACCUGCCUUCAUGAGCAAUGAUGGAGAACAAAGCACAAAGGCAAUAAAAGAACUAGAUGAUCUUCUAACAAUCCUCGAAAACGAGAUCAAAGGAAAGAAGUUCUUCGGAGGAAACAACAUUGGAUUCGUGGACAUUGUUGCGUCGGUUGUGGUUAUUUGGAUCCCAUGCUGGCAAGCAGUCACAGGCAAAGAGGUGCUUACAAGGGAGAAGUUUCCAUCGAUAUACAGUUGGGCUGAUGAGCUAUUAGAAUGCAGUGUUAUCAAACAAAACAUGCCCGAUCAAGAGAAAUUGCAAGCAUUCUAUCGAGAUCACUUUGCCCUUAUGAAUGCCAAGACUACCGAUUAAAAAACAUCUUGCUACUAUAAGUUUGAUCAACAACGUUAACACAGUGUUGCGACCAACACAGUUACUUUGAUCUUAAUUGACAAGAUAGAGUGGCGACAAAAAUUCCCUGCUUUCUCAUUAAUAACACAGGGUAUACAUAGCCUUGUGUUUUUUGGUGUGCUAGUUGUAUACAAUCACUAUUACAAGUUUCCAGUUGUAUGACAUUACUAUUAGAAUGAAGAUAAGUAAGUACAUAAGAUUAUUAUUGAAGGAUGUAGUAGUGUGUGUGAUAUAUGAUGUAGAACAAGCACCGUUGUUUUUGUUAUUUCGCUUGUCAUGUCAUGUGCUUUUUAACGUGGUCAUGUGCCGCUAUUCUAUAUAAUCCUAGAUUGAUACUCUAGA